AUGAUAUAUCCCGAAUUUGGAUCUACCUUUCUUGGAACUACAGCAUUGGAUAGUUUGAAUGAAAUCCACCUUCAUAUCAAUUCCACCGUGGAUUAUUUUAUUAAUUUUAAAAACGAUGAUGCAGCAAAGACACUAUCCACCUUGCAGAAGCAACGUACUAGUAUACGAAAGAAAGUAGCUUUAUCAAAAACAGUGUUGACUGAAUCAACAUUCGAAAUAACUUAUUCCUAUAUGGCACCCAAGGAACUGAAACCAAUUGUGAAAUUACUUGGACAAGCAUCUGCUAGUACGAGUGCAAUUGUUGGCGCCUGUGAAUUAGAAUAUGCUCUUCUCGGCAAAGAUUACGAAAAAGCCAAAAAGCUUGUGGACGGCGAGUUGCACCAUGGAAUAUCAAGAGAAAUUGAACAUGCUGAUGCGGCAGUAUUGUUGGCUUUUCUUGACAGUAUUAGCGAACCGGUUCUAUCUCUGUCGAGAGCUAUUUCAAUGAGCUUCAACUGUAUAAAGCUUGCUGUAUCAUAUGGAUACGACGUGCCAGACUCCUUAGUGAAAAUUGCAAAGAUUAACGACGACACUAAUCAUGUAAGCAAGGCCUCCAACAACGAAAAUCGAGAUAAAAUUACAUUAGACGCAAUCGAUAAAACUUUGAAACUUCUAGUUUUAUCGAUCACCAACUAUGAUAGUCUUGUACCACAAAGACUCGAAUCAGCGGCCCAUUUCGAAGUCAACGAAGCAGAUGAAUCAAACGGCGGUUCUUUGUUACUUCCACGAGACGAGUACUUUCUUGUAUCUUCAUUUUUGUUAAACUUCAGAGAGUUUGCUAAUAUUAUAUCAAGUGUGCUUUCCAACAGUAGAGAAAUUGUUGAGCAUAGGUCGAUGAGAGAGGAUCGUGGUUUUUUUGGAAGGUCUUUAUGGUUUUUCCCAGUAUUUUCGAAGAAGACACUUCACAAGUAUCUUUGGACUGGGGAGAAUGAUCUAAAAGAAGUUGAUAUUGCAAGCGUCCAUACUAGCAAAUCAACGGGCGAACGAGUUGGCCAUUAUGAAACUGAAGACACGCAGACAGGAAAAUUCAGAAAUAUUUUAGCAGAUUUUGUAGAGUUCCCUGAGAGGUACAGUGCUCAUAUCAAAUUCUCAUUCAAGUAUACUAUUUUACUGAUGCUCGUUUCGUUCCCUGCAUUUUCCGCUAGUAUGAGGACCUGGUAUGUUGAUAUAAAAGGAACCUGGGUGGGAUUUGUUGCUAAUUUAGUUAUAGAGUCGUCCGUGGGAGAAACAGCGAUGCUUUUUGUCAUAAGAACUAUAGGCUUAGUCAUAGGAGCUGCUUGGGGGUAUGCUGCAUAUGAAGCGGGCUGGUCCGGUACAACUCCUGGUGGUGAUGUGGUAAUGUGUGUGGUUAUAGUUGUAGGGCUUAUUGUCGGCUAUUAUUUUAUGUUGGCUUCACCAUAUCCGAAAGCCGCAAUGGUUGGCAUUGUGAGUUCUACAAUAGUAGUUCUAUCCACAAUAUAUCCCGUAACGCCAAGUACUAUUCGGGAGAACUUCGCAAAAAGAUGUAUAGCGAUGUUAAUAGGUGGUGCAGCUGCUGUCGUCGUUCAGAUUACUUUGUUUCCUGUAAAGGCGAGGUCAGAACUAGUAAACCAGAUAGUCAGUUGUCUUGAGUGUUGCGAGAAAUUAGAAGAAAUAGUAGCUCAGGGAGUUGAUGGAGGAUCUUAUAGAUCCACCCAACAGUCAUAUGCUGCACUACAAAAAAUAUGGAAACAAGCAAACAAGUCGCUUGCAUUGGCUGAAAGUUUUCGUAAGUAUUACAGAACUUCGAUCUUGCAUCGUUAUAUUAACAUUUUAGGAAACCAAGCUAAAAAGGAACCCAGACUCAAAGGGUCUUUCGGAGCCUUGGAUACGGUAUUUGCGGAGAUCAUAUUUGUACUCUAUCAAAUUAUUGACAAGUUUCACAAUAUAGCAUUUUUGAGACAGCAAUAUGGGUCAGCAAUACUUGAAGACCUGAGUGUAAGUACAUGUUAG